AUGGCCAAAAGUCGACAAAGCAUUCUUUCUUCACCUUACGAUGAUCAACCAAUAGGUCUUCCAUGGCUUUAUUAUGGAAUUGUAAACCACGAGUCACCUCAAACUACACAGCAAAAAAUUCCAAAUGUAGUACUCGACUCUACCGGUCUAUCUGGAUCAUUGCGACUGCCAUUUGUACUUGGUGUUUAUCACCUAAACGGCAGUUUUUUGGGCUAUCAAAACCUUACCACUCAGUUUCAGCUAUGCAGCACAGACUCAUUGACGGCUUCAAAUUGGGACAGAGUGGCAAGAGACUACACCAAUACGUGUUUGCUUAAUCUUUAUAAUUUGGUAUCUCAAAACUACGAUACAUACUUUUAUGAACUUUUUUUAGCGCAGCCAUUAGGCCAGCUUUAUCCUGUUCCCAUUCGAAUUUCAAAUUACAGAACUGUUUCUGGGUUGCAGAUCAAUCGAAAUCCAUCCAUGAUUGAUUGGUCAAACAGCCAAUUAUUCAGACGAUUUUUUUUGAUUGAUACAGCAAGUGGAAUUGUGAAUGGUGCAACUACUAUUGUUCGAUUUCCAUCGUCAAUUUCCAUUACCAUUUUUAAAGCAUCUGAUGUUGGAAAAAUUACGUUACCUAUUGUUGAUAUUACUUAUACAGAGCGUGAGAUAUCAGCUAUUUCUGAAACUGACAAGUCAAUUUUUUCUACCACUCCCAUUUCAUUCUCAGUAGCAUACGUUCAAGACUACUCUGUUAUCAAGCAAGUUCUCAUGUACACAUUUGUCAUUGCGAUUGCAGUGGGAUUGGUUUACGCGUUUUAUACUACUCGUUUGUGGAGCUCUCGCAACUUAGGACCAUACGAUUCGAUUGACAUUCGUUUUAUUUUCCGGCUAUUGGUCAAUGUCUGCGGGGCACUUGGACCAAUUAUGGGCUCAUAUCUAUUUGUUGUAGUUGUGUGCUUCUUCAUAUUUUUCAAGAUUCAGAGCGUUUUAUUUAUAUACAUCCCGUACAAUCCAUCUGAUAUGUCUCUUGUAACUAUGGCGGUUGCAGGAAUCACAGUAGCCGAGUUUGUUUACAUUGCUAAACUGAUGAUUGUACAAUGCACAACCCAUGUGUUUUUCAUUGACUGGGAGCGAAGCAAAGGUUAUGUUGUUGGAUCGGGGAAUGAUGAAACCACGGCCAUGAUUUCCCCGAUACAUCAGCGUGUUCAUGUGGGAUUUACUCUUGUUGCGUUACUGGCUUUGCUUGAAGGACUUGGCUGGCGAUAUCUUGCAACAUCUUAUGCAGGGUUUUCAGAUUUAUCAAUAGAUACACCUAAUCCUUUGCUUUUAGUUGCAGUGGACUCACUAUUAUGGAUGCUCCUUAUUAUCGUACAAGUUGUAUUUCAAGCCAUCUACAGCAGAUUUCAUCGAAACAAGCUUUUACAAUACAUUGACAUUCUUUCAUUAUCGAAUAUCAGUUUGUUUGUGUUUGACUCUCAGUGUCAUGGAUAUUAUGUUCAUGGCCGGUCAGUCCAUUCAUUUGCCGACACCAACAUGGAUGAGCUCAACAAUUUUUUGCGUAAAGAAGAGAACGAUAUGGUACCCCGUCGCGGAUUACACGACACCAAUCAACAGGCAUUUGAGAUUUUUGUUACAAGAACAAUGCGCACGGCAUUUGAUAAAAUCUUUGAUCAAAGUAUUGUUUUACAACAGGAAGCACAGCGAUUAAAUAACAUGGUCAAUCGAUUAACAAUAAACGAUAUUAAAGGGGGGAGUUUUAAGGAUCCAAUCAAACCUGCAGCAGAGCCUCAAAUUAAAGAAUAUCAUCAAGUCAACAGAUUUCUUCGAUCGUUUAUUGAUCAGAAUCUCAAAGAAAUACCAUAUAUUAUUCGGAAAAAAACAUACUUUGAGCAAUUUUUUGCUGCACCAGAUCCAUCAGAGGGAAAUGUGUUUUUUCCUAACGAUUCGGGGUAUUCACGCAUCCUUUUAUAUGGAAUGGAAAUGCAUCUGAUGUUUGCCUAUACAUACCUAUUUGCUUUUGUAGACACACUUACAAAUUCACCUGCAAAGGCUGCCAUUGUUGUGUGGGUUGUACACUUUAUUAUUUGUUCAAUACGACGACAUUUUGGAGAAAUCAACAUGUCCAAAAAGACAUUAUUGGACUGGAAGUUUUUGGUUUAG